CUCAGUGGGUCCACGUAUGUUAAGACACACCAUUAAAGCCUUCAGUCAACGACUCUUUUAAAAUCAGGUGACAUCCACAACUUUUCCUAGAAUGUCCCACAAGGUCAUAUCAACCGACAAUGCUACAGUUGUCAUCCAAAUAAAUCCACAGGUGGCACAAGCCAGUGCUAUUUCUGAUGAUGGACAAGAUGAAAUAAAUCAGAAUACGAUUCUUAAAGGAUUUCUCAAAGUACAACCAAAGUCACUGGGGAUUGUCCAGAUAAUGAUUGGAGUGGUCACCUUUUUAUUUGGUAUUGUACUCACCAUCAGUGUCAACAGAUUCAGAAUUAUUUCUUUAUACUCUGGCAUAACCUACUGGGGAUCUCUCAUUUACAUCAGUGCUGGCUCUCUGUCUGUUGCUGCAGAGAAUAAAUUACAUCAAUGUUUGGUGAAAGCCUCUCUUGGAAUGAAUGUGUUCAGUGCCAUAACUGCAGGGAUAGACAUAAUUAUCAUGUCUAUAGGAAUAGCAACUGGGUCAACAAUCGAUCAAUAUUGUUAUUUUGAUUACAAUUCCAGUUACAAUCACUAUGGACAGUCACUUUGUUCAGAUUUUCAGAUUCAUGGUUUGGGGAUCAAUGGAAUAUUUCUGGUGUUAUCCAUUCUUCAGUUCAUCAUCUCUAUCUGCAUCUCUGCAUUUGCCUGCAAAGCCACCAGCGGCAGGGACUCUACAGUGGUCAAUGUUAUACUAAACCAGAGGGAUGCUGAGUCACAGUGAGGAGAUAAUACAGACCAGGGGUGGCAAAGAACUUGUGAAGUCAUAAAUAUGUUUAAUACUAUAAUACUAUACUAUAAUUCUACAGUCUUUUCUGUUAUUACAGACUUCUGAACCUCUGAAAAAAAAAUUAUCAGUAACAGAGUAACAUUUGUAUAUGGCCACAUCAAAUAAGUAAAUAUAAUGUGGAGAUAAAGGUUGUACUUAUUUUGAAUAUUACAAUACAUGCACACAUGUUUGGACCAAAGGUUGUAUUCUUUGACCAAGGUUCUUGGUGAGCUGAAUUUAUCCUGGACUCGUAUGUUUAGUCUUUAGUGAUACACACAAUUGUGCAAAGUGUACACACAGACACAAAAUAUAGUUUGUUUGUUUUUGACUCUGUAAUGUCCAGUUUUAUGAAAUAAAUUGGGUAGA